AUGUCAAAGGCUGAAAUUCUUGCAGGUUUGAUUCUGAUCACCUUCGUGGUUUCCUCGCAAGCCAAAGUUUUCCAUGACACCCCAAGAAACUUACUGAAGAAGCGGGUGGGGAGAUUCAACCACCUAACCCGGCUCCCUCCGCCGCCGUUUGUGCCCAGAUACGACGAGCAUCAGGCGGCGUACGUCAAAGCCCACAAUAACCUCAGACGGAAAGUUGGCGUCCCACCAUUGACGUGGGACGCGAAUUUAACCGCGGCCGCGUAUUCCUGGGCACAGCAGCGCAAGGUUGAUUGCAAUUACAGGCACCAUUCUCCUGGAAAAUAUGGAGAGAAUCUCUUUUGGAUGCAAUAUUCUGAGUUUACUCCGGCUUUUGUGGUACACCGUUGGUUCAAUGAACAACAGUUUUUCGAUCAUACCAAGAAUGUUUGCCGGUGCCAUCCGGAGAAAGAUGGAUGUGAAUGUGGCCAUUAUUUGAACGUGAUAUGGAAAACCACAACAAAGGUUGGGUGCAGUGGCUCUGUUUAUUGCGACAAUCAAAAGGGUGUUUUCGUUGUUUGUUCGUAUGAUCCUGCCGGGAAUAUCAAGGGUAUGAACCCAUUGAAUCCUGUUGCUUAA